AUGGCAGCUGCAGAAAAUGGUACUGCGCAAAGGUCCGCCAUGCAAGAUUACAAAUCUUGCUGUCUUUUUUUUAGUCAAUCUCUAUGGGACACUUUACUGGCCGAGCCGGCUCCUUCGGCGUUGCAGCGCGUGGACGCAGUUGUUGGCCAUUUAGUCGGGACACUGGGACUGCGGCAUCCCAGUGAGCCGACUGUUGCUGUCAUUACAGCAGUGUGCGCUGCAGGCGCAGAGCAAAGUGUCAUGCAGCUGCAAUCCUUGUUUGUCACUGUGAAGAGCGUUUUAAGAACUGCAACGGCCCGUGCACGGCUGAAGUCAACGCCGUUGCCGGGAAAUGUAUACAUUGAAGUGCUACCGAACAAUGUCGACGAGCUGCCUGUGGCAGCGCGUCAGGCAGCCGCGCCCCACGGCUUCGCCCCGAUCCCUGCCAGCAUGGAUCACCAAGAGAUUUUGCGCUUGGCGCGCAGCAUCCCUUUGCGGUCGACGAAUCGCCAGGCGCAAUUGCAGAGGCAAAUGGACCAGCACGGUCAGUUCUUAGGAGGUGGCCAGCAGGGGUCCGUUGCUGCAUUUCAGAUGAUGCAUACUGCGCAGAUGGCUCAGGCGGCAAUGGCCAUGGCUACCGCUAUAGCUGGCCAGUCUGCACGCCCGUCUGCGGGGGAGCUGACUAACUUGCAAAUCCUCGGUGCACCGAAAAAUGGCCCAACUGCGCCCAGUGGUGGCUUGAAUGCUUUGCUCGAGCGCUCCCAGUCUGCUGCGCAGGGCGUUGAGGAGACAGCAACCGCCAUGGGUGAGUCUGCGUCAUCCGCAAGGCCUCUGCUGGCAUUAACCGAUGCUCAGCCUAGUGCGGUUAUGCCGGCAGCAUUGCCUGCACAGACUUCAUCUGAUCAGUCGGUGUGUCAGCCGCCGGAGGCAGUAUCGGAAGUACAGCAGACGCCUGCGAUGCCCGCAGCCACGCCUCCGCUGGCAUUGACUGAUGCACCGGCAACGCCUUCCCCUGAAGCAGCUGGAGGAGGCACAGUGCCGAAUCUGGUGGAGGCUGCUAUGGUGCGUCUGGCGCAAUCUUAUUAUGACAAAGAAUUACCGACAGCAUUGCCAGAUGGGAAAGGUGGAAUGAAGCGACCUGCCGCGGCCAAGGGACGUCCGCGGAAGCGUCCUGCGGUCAGCGCAACGGGUGCGGCAUCUGUGGAGCCAAGUUCAUCUGCAGCUGCGCCUGUGGGUGGGGCUAUGAUGCGACCUGCCAGUGCCCAGCCUAUGAAGAAGCCUGCCAAGGCAGAAUGUGCCGCUAGCUGCAAGCGGCCGGCUUCAAAGUCCUCAGGUGCAACUUUGAAGACAAUUCCGCUCGUGACGCAGCAGCAACGGAUGAAGUGGCGGCCCCAUGGCUGCCCCACGUGUCGCAACAAACCAGGACUUCACAGUGGCGCAUAUUACAGUAUACAUCGGUUUGCCGAAGCCAUGGAAGCCAAGCACGUGGUGGCGAGCACAGACACCGAUGGCUCUGUGCAUUUGGUUUGCGGGGAGAAAGCUGCUAGCUUUCCGUCCCCAAUUCUGCAAAAGUUGUAUGCGGUGCCGGAAGACUCUGAUGAGAAGGCAGGCAUGAAGCGCAAGAUGGAUGAAGAUGACGGUGGCGACGCCAAGGCUGCUGCAAGUCAAGAGACUGAUCUUUUGACGUUGCAGCCGUGGCGUCGCCAAGCGCUCACAGCCGCUCGUGAGCUUAUUCAGGCCUUCGAUGAGCGCUCAGACAUCAAUAUGGAGGAUUGCCCUGUCUACGAGGAGUUGCAGGCCAUGGAAGAGAAGGCUACGGCCGACAAGGACAUGGAUAUGGUUUAUGCAGGGGAUGUGCUGCAUGCUGCCCAAAUGUUUUUGUACAUUUGCGACACAGACUUCUGA